AUGACUGGCGGUCCCGCAAUCGUCCAUGAUGGCAACGCCAACAUCGAGCAGUUUCUUGACAAAAGGAAGAAAUGGUAUAGAAACAAGCGGCUUGUUCUCCUCAAUGCAUGGAUAUUUCUUAUGCUCUUGACCUCGUCGACGAAUGGAUAUGAUGGGAGCAUGAUGAACGGGUUACAAUCCCUCGAUCAAUGGAGGGGUUACUUCCAUAAUCCUCAGGGCGGCACCUUAGGCUUGUUCAACGCCAUACAGAACAUUGGAUCUUUGGCGGCAUAUCCGUUUGCGCCGUUCUUGUCGGAUGGGCUUGGCCGUCGUAGGACGAUAUUCAUUGGUGCCGUGAUCAUGUGCGGAGCUGCAGCUCUGCAGGCAGCGGCGCAGUCUUUCGGCAUGUUCAUAGGAGCUCGCUUUCUUAUCGGAUUCGGUGCUGGCAUUGCCGGUAAUUCGGCCCCUCUGUUGAUCACGGAGAUCGCCUAUCCCUCCCACCGUGCACCACUGACCUCCCUGUAUAACUCGGUUUGGCAAUUCGGCGCUUUCAUCGCGGCAUGGACCACGUUCGGGACGUUCAAGAUCCCAUCUAGUUUGAGUUGGCGCAUCCCAUCCGCAAUCCAAGGACUGCCAUCCGUCUUCCAAGUCUGCUUGAUACUCUUUGGCCCGGAAUCUCCCCGUUGGCUAGUCAACAGAGGUCGAGAAGCGGAUGCCCUCAGGACGUUGGCAUAUUAUCAUGCUGAUGGCGAUGAGGACCAUCCUCUGGUGCGCUACGAAUUGGAAGAAAUCAAGGCUGCCAUCGAGUUCGACAAAACGGUUGCUGCCAACGUCGGCUACAAGUCACUGUUCACUUCUCCUGGCAAUCGCAAGCGGAUGCGGAUUGUCAUCGCUCUCGCGUUUUUCAGUCAAUGGAGUGGGAACGGCCUAGUAUCAUACUACCUCAACAAGGUUUUUGACACCAUCGGCAUCAAGAGUCCUACCAUCCAGCUCCUCAUCAACGGCAUUCUCCAAAUAUGGAACUCAUUCUGGACCAUCUUCGCUUCCUUCUUGGUCGAUAGAGCUGGUCGCCGUGUCCUGUUCCUCACAUCCGCAGCAGGGAUGUUCUUCGCAUUCCUGUUUCAGACGGUCUGUACGGCCCAGUUUGCCCUGCACGAAUCUCAGGCGGCUGCGCACGCAGUCAUCGCGUUCAUCUUCCUCUUCUAUGGCUUCUACGACCUCGCCUUCAGUCCUCUCAUAGUCUCGUACACGGUCGAGAUUCUCCCAUAUCCACUUCGCGCCAAGGGUCUGACCGUCUUCAGCUUCGCUCUGUCCCUGUCUCUGAUCUUCAACCAAUAUGUGAACCCCAUUGCUCUCAAGCAUCUCGGGUGGAAAUACUACAUCGUCUACGUGGUUUGGAUCGUCUUCGAAUUCGUCUACUGUUACCUCUUCGUCGUCGAAACGAAGAACAGGACACUCGAAGAGACCGCGGCUCUCUUCGAUGGGGAGCAAGCGAUGGCCCGAAUAUCUGGUCGGGCGGCGGACGAGCUGAUGGUAGAUGAACAGGAGGACAAAGACACGUAUACGUCUCCGGUCGACGGCGGUGAUAAAGUCUGA